CUCCCCUUCCCAAUUCCCCAACGCCCACAGCCCAAAAUGCCCCCACCUCCUGAAAGACAAAAAACAACCAUAAUCGCCAUCUCCGGCCCCUCCAGCAGCGGCAAAACCACCCUCGCGCGCCUCCUCCAGCGCAUCUUCUCCAAACUAACCCCGCAGGCAACAAACACAAACACGAACCUACGAACAUUCAUCGUCCACGAAGACGACUUUUACCACCCAGAUGACAAAAUCCCCCUAAUUCCCCACCCGCGCGACCCCACCACGCAGAUCCAAAACUGGGACACUCUUUCCGCGCUCGACAUCCCCUUCCUCAGCGCAUCACUAUCCUACAUCCAUGCGCACGGACACCUCCCGCCGCGCUUACGCUCCAAGGAGGAUCUGAACGAUGUGGCCGAGUCCGGGGUGUCAGAGGAGGUUGUUUCUCGGAUGAGGGAGGUGGUUAGGGGGCGAGUACCUUCCUACUUUCUGGAGGAUAAUACCAACUCUGUUUCUGGGGAUGGUGUCAGGACAAUUGUCUUUCUGGAGGGUUUCCUGUUAUUCGCACCCCCGAAGGAGGAAGAUCCGCGGCAUGGGUUGAGGGAUGUGCAGGAGAAGAUGGACGUGAGGUUGUUUUUGCCGGCGAGGUAUGACAAUGUGAAGGAGAGGAGGGAGGGGAGGAGUGGGUAUGUGACUAUUGGGCCGGCGCCGGUGCAGCAGGGUGGUGGUGGUGGUGAGGGUGGUGGUGGUACGGAGUUGCCGCAGAGAGGGUCAGUGGAGGUGGAUUUGGAGGAGGAGGAUGAUCGGCCGCCGCAGAGUUUCUGGGAGGAUCCGCCGGGAUAUGUUGAUGAUAUUGUGUGGCCUAAUUAUGUGCAGGAUCAUGCGUGGUUGUUGUUGCCGGAGGGGGAAGAAGGGUCGGCUCAGACGGCGUGGAAGGAUGCGGACACGCAGGAGCUGGUCAGGUUGGUGGGACAGGGAGUGAAUCUCAGAUUGGAUACAGGUGUAACGGUGGCUCCUGGACAAGGAAAGGCGUCCAUGACAGAUAUCCUCGAGUGGGCUGUCGAGGAAGUACUCAAGCAUAUUGCGGAAACAGAAGGACAAUGAGAACCUGGUUCAUCUGUAGUACCUAACUACACAGGGUACCUCCCCGAAGCCAUUCUUUCACUUUAAUAUCAGUACCUAUUCCUCCUGCCCUCUUAAGAUUGCGCGACAGUCUCGCCGUGAAUCUCGCUGUUGGCCGGGCCCCGCCACCCAAGCCAGUAAUCAACCCUGUCCCGGAAAGUCAACUCUUGUUCAGCUUGCGGUGACUCAAGGCUUCGCGGUCCAGCUGGUGCCGACCUUGUUGACUCUUGAUCCGGCUUCGUGGUCUCAGUAUCCAUUGUUACCUCUUCGUUCGCCUCUACAGAAAUGCUGACUCCUGGUGUUGGUUCAUCC